UUAUCAAUGAUAAAUUUCAUAAAUAUGGCGCCUUUCGUGAAUACUUGAAAUGUCAAACUGUUUCUGAGAAUUUAUCGGAUAUAUACGUUUUAUUAACAUUACAAAAGUCGUUAGUCGAAAGAAAAUAUUGUUUUUGCCAUAUACCAAGAAUUAUCUAACUCUGAUAUCGUGAACAACGAAAAACAACGGAAUUUUUUGAUCAGAUAGGAGAACCAUAACCUAUAAACGAUGGAUGAAACGUAUUUCGAUGAAGCACCCGCGGGAAAUUUUGAAACAGCUACGCUAGAAAUCACCAAAGAACUCGAUGUCAAUGAGUUGAAUAGUCAAAACACUGUUCCUGUUGGAGCUGAUACUGCAAAGAAGAACAGAGAGAAUGAGACAUAUACUUCAAGUGAAGUUCCAUCAUCGAAGGAUUUGUCUAAUAUCCCUUUCAAACAUAUAGAUAUUCACUCUUUUUUCUCUGAUAGAAACGAAGUUGUUGACAGAGCGCUAAAAGAUUGUCAAGAGAGUUUAAUAAAUGAAGAGGAAAAGGAUAUUAUUGGAAGCUGGCUGUUGACAGAAAUAAGUCUGUGGGAUAUUGAGAAAGAAAGAUUAGUCAUACUUUCAAAAAAAGCUAUUUAUUCGAUAAAGUAUGACUUCAUUUCCUUAAAGAUAUUAGAGUACAAUCGGAUACCUUUGUUGCAAAUUGAUACGCUCGUCUCGGGCGAACUAGUUUAUCCUCCUUCGUCCUUAGCACCACGAUUAAGUGGAUUGGCAGAGGGUGUAUCAUCAAUAUUUCAUUACGCAGGCCGUCAAGAGUGGUCUACUCUUGUCUCUUGUACAGAUUUUGCACAGUUUGAACCUAGAAAAAGACACAUGUCUGGGAUAAGACUGAUGUGGAAUAAAGGCAAUCCAGUACCAUUAACUAAGAAAUGGAAUCCAUUUGCAAAGGAUAUACCAUGGCUUACUUAUGCUAGUCAUCCAUUAUUUUGGUACAAAGGAUCAGAAGCAGAGAAAGCAAGGUUUAAUGUUGAAGGUUUACAGUCAUUGAUUAAAGAUUUUUUGCCAUCAGACUGCAUUAUAAGAAAUGGUCUUAUUAUUAUAGAAAACUACUUUGGUGUAGGUGCCUUAGUACAUAACAGAAAUGGAUUAGGUUUCUAUAAAAUUCGUGGCAAAGUCAGUUUUUAAUCUAGUUUAUAAGAAAUUGAAAUUUGUGUUUGAUUUCUCUAAAAUUCACAUUCCAAUUUCCAAAACUCAAAGCUCCUAUUUAUAAAUUUUAUGAUAUUUAUAAUGAAAUACUAAAAUUAGCGAUACAAUUGUAUUUUAUCCACAUAACAGAACUCUCAAAUAGAUCUCUAUUUACUUUUCAAAGAUUCUAUUGAGGAAUACUAUUAAGCAUAUCGUAUAUAAUUCUACAGCGUAUAAUACAAACAUUUUCACUCAGUACCUGGCAGACAGAAUGCUAAAACUACAUAUUAAACAUCGCGUUAAGAUAAUUCGUUUACACUUUCUAGAUAUAAAACUAUGUUUUAUAAUUCCUUAUUGUAAAGACAAGGCGCUUAACCUCUCUAUAAUAUAUAUAAAAAUAAUAAUAAAUAAAGAUAGUUCUUCCUUAA